GGGGGCGGUGCGGGGAUGCCGCCGGCGGCGCUGCAGCACGGAGAGGUCCGCGGGCAGCGGCAGCGGGAGGCAGGCGGCAGCUCCUCCUUCUCCUCCUCUUCCUUCUCCUCCCUCGGCGACGGGGUGGGCUCGGCCGCGGCAGCCGGUGUGCGCUGCCCUGCCGUGCCGCGCCGCGCCGCGCCGUGCCGUGCCGCGCCGUGCCGCCCCCCGUGUGCGAUGGACUGGAAGGUGCUGACCAGGGAGCUCUCCCUCUACCUGGAGAGCCAGGUCCGCGUGGGGCUCUUCGGCUCCGGCGUGGGCUUGUCCCUGGUGCUGGGCUUCGGCGUCGCCUACGCCUGCUACUACCUCAACAGCAUCGCCAAGAAACCCCAGCUGGUGGCCAGCAAUGACCGCUUCUGCCGCUUUCUCGAGGAAUAUUGCCCUGUUGUGACAGAAACUUACUAUCCCACGAUCUGGUGCUGGGAAGGUCGGGUACAGACACUCCUGCGCCCCUUUAUCACAUCUAGACCCCAAGUACAGUACAGGAAUGAGCUCAUUAAAACAGCAGAUGGAGGACAGAUUUCAUUGGAUUGGUUUGAUAAUAAUGACAGCUUAUAUUAUCCGGAUGCCAGCACAAGACCCACCGUCCUGUUAUUGCCUGGCCUGACAGGAACGAGCAAGGAAUCCUACAUUCUUCAUAUGAUCCAUCAAAGCGAAACACUGGGAUAUAGAUGCGUGGUUUUUAACAACCGGGGAAUUGCUGGUGAGGAUCUUUUGACACCAAGGACUUACUGUGCAGCUAACACAGAGGAUUUAGAGGCCGUUAUUCAUCAUGUACACAGCUUGCACCCCUCGGCUCCGUUCAUGGCAGCAGGUGUUUCUAUGGGAGGCAUGCUUCUUUUAAAUUACCUGGGCAAAACUGGCAGAGACACUCCUUUAAUGGCAGCUGCAAUUUUCUCUGCGGGUUGGAAUGUUUUUGAAUCUGUAGAAUCUCUGGAGAAGCCACUAAACUGGCUUCUUUUCAACUAUUACUUGACCACUUGUCUACAGUCCUCUAUCAGCAGGCAUCGACAAAUGUUGGAGAAAUUAUUUGAUAUGGAUCUUGUGAUGAAGGCUAGAACUGUUAGAGAAUUUGAUAAGCAGUUCACUUCAGUCAUGUUUGGCUACCGUUCAAUUGAUGAUUACUAUGAAGAUGCUAGUCCAUGUCGCAAGCUGAAGUCAGUAGGAAUUCCAGUGUUAUGUCUAAACUCUGUGGAUGAUGUUUUCUCACCAGGUCAUGCUAUACCAGUAGAAACUGCCAAACAAAACGCAAACGUUGCUUUGGUUCUGACUUCGUGUGGAGGCCAUAUUGGUUUUCUGGAAGGAAUAUGGCCAAGGAAGUGCACUUACAUGGACAGAGUCUUCAAGCAGUUUGUGCAAGCUAUGUUUGAGCAUGGAAAUAAGAUCUUAAGCAUGUAGCUUUGGACCACUAGUAUAGCACAGUGGCACAUUCUGACAAGGGCAGUUAAGCUUAGUGCACAAAUUUUAACUCCUGUAAGCCAGCAAAUGGAUAAAGUCCAUUACUACAUGCAAAAAUAUUUUUGCCUAAGAUUUUGUAGCAAGAAACUAAAUAUUAUGUUGUCACUUUUAUAUUUAUUUUUAAUAUGCCUUACUAAGAAUGACCUUAAAUGAAACAGCAUUCUGCAUCAUCAAAUUGCACUUAACCAAAACUAUCAAGUAGAAAGAUUAUAAUUCCUCAGGAUUGUAAUUUAAACCAAUAUGUAUUUAGGAGACUUAAUUUAGAUGGCUUUUAAUAUUAGAAUGGCGACACUCAAAAUAGCUUCUAUUAUCCUGUCACACAUAGUACAAGUUGGCCCAUUCCUUAGGGCACCGAUAGUGAAAAUCUUAAAAUAUGAAAACAAAAGGAGGGAACAAAAAAAAGCACCGAUUCUGCAAAUAAAUCAAAAUUUCAGCAUGUUAUUCCAUAGCAUUAGAUUGAUACCUGCUUUUGCUGUUCUGCCCUGAGAGUAUUCAGAUUUAGGGCUGGUUAUUGUUUUUAGACUAUGUCAAUGCCAUACUUGUCUUAUAUGAUUAUUUUUUAAAGAGCUAAUUUAUAGUGUUUACAUAUAACCAAAAUAUUCCUUUAAAACAGUACUGUAAUAACUUACAUAAUUAAAAGACAUCUUGCAUUUCAAAUUUUAUGUAAACCUGGGUGUUGUCAUAUAAGUAAUACAUGCUUCAUAUAACUGGUAAACUUGAUGAUUCAACCUGCUAUGUUUAUAUUACCCUGCAAGAACAUUUCAGUUUUAAAGAAUAAACAUUAGAGCAUUGGGAAAUUAUUAUAUAAUCUGCUUUAAAUUAAAAAAAAAAAUCCCAACCUUUUGUCUCUGGUACUGUUUCAUAUCAUUUCUGAAAAAAAUGCAACAAACUGUUUAAAGAAAGUUGGGAUGAAGGUCAAAGUCCCGACUCUCUGGUUUGUUUAUUUGAUCAUUUUGUCAGCAUUCUGGCAGUAGGUUGUCAAAUCACUGAAGCCACUGCAAACCGAUUUCUGUCCUCGCAGCUUAUGAGUCUGUGAGGUUGGCCGAGGCAUUGCUGUUCUCCUCAGCCCUGACAUACAGUGACAGCCAACGUGGGCCUGUGAAAAAAAAGGCCAGUUAGACAGAAUAUAUUCUGAAACUGUUGGGAAGUCCAAAUUUAGGGCAUGCUAAAAUUUAAACAAGGCUCUUAAGCGGCUUCUGUGGAGCUCCCACCUUCUGCUGAUCACUGAUUGGGGCCCAGCCACACAAGAGAAGUCAGUAAAGAUGCCUCUGCAUUUUUAUUUUUAUCUUUUGAGCGGGGUCAGUACAAGAAGAAAAUGCAGCUAAAAAAAGCAAGUCAGGUCUUUUGUCUCAAGCAGUACGUGAACACUCCUCUUGCAAGGCAUGUUUCCUAGUAACAGCAAAGGAAGAACAAAAAUACUUUUUGUCUUUAGAAAAAGAAAUUGGGACAUGCUAUACGAAAGCUGUUUUGUAAGGUGGACGGCUGAAUUAAAAAAAUUGGAAAGUGCUUUCAAAUUUUGACUUUUAAGACAAGCACUAGUCCUUGCCCAGAUAACGAACUCUUAUUUUUUCUUUAAUAAGCAAAAUGAGAAAAGUGACUUGCAAAAGCAAAAUGAAUUUUUGUGCAUGCUACUACAAUACAUGAAAUCAGCAUAUUAGUUGGGUGCCUUAUUUAUUCUUGUAUUCAUUUCCAGGUUUUAUGUUCAUGCAAAAACAAUGAGCAAUAAACAGUGUAUUUAGCAUUAUAUUUGUAAAAAUGUUGGGGUACAAUACUGUUCAAAACUCACCAUCAAGUAUGAACGAAAAUAAAACCACUUACAUUAAAUCACACUUUACUGUUUAAAUAAAAGUAGUAUGAUUAAUGGCAGAA